CACAGAGGCCUCUUCGGAGGGCGACUUCACUCUCGGAUCCUUCCUUCCCUCCCAGGACCUUUGCCCUGCUUCCUUCCUUCCUUCCUUCCCUCCUUCCUUCCUUUUGCCCAUCUUCCAGACCUCUCCCUCCCUGGGCUGAGUUAAUGAUUCUCCUCCCCAGGGCCCUAUAAAGCCAAGGGCAGAGAGAGAGAGAGAGAGCAAGGGAGAGCAUGGCUGUGGGGCUCUGGCUGGCCGCCCUGUGGGCCCUGAGUGGCCUCUGGGGGGCCCAGGGUGAAGGUGGUGCAGACGGGGCCUUCCUGGAGGUGACCACCCGGUUCGGCCGGCUGCGCGGGCGAGAGGCGCCUCCGGUGAGGGGCUCCACGAGGGGCGUGCACGCCUUCCUGGGGGUGCCCUUUGCCCGGCCCCCCACCGGCACCCUCCGCUUCGCCCCUCCGCAGCCCCCCCUGCCUUGGGAGGGUGUCCGCGAUGCCACGGCCUACGCGCCAGUUUGCCCCCAGAAGCUGGAGACCCUCCGAGGAGUGGCUCAAAGGUGGAAGGAGAAGCACCCGCCCUUCCGGACCUCGGAGGACUGUCUGUACAUGAACAUUUACGCUCCGGCAAGCCAGGCGGACAGGCUCCCGGUGAUGGUCUUCAUCCACGGGGGCAACUUUGUCUUCGGCACGUCUUCCCGCUAUGAUGGAUCGGCCCUGGCGGCCUACGGAGAGGUGCUGGUGGUCACCCUCCAGUACCGGCUGGGCAUCCUGGGCUUCUUCAGCACCGGGGACGCCAGCGCCCGAGGGAACUGGGCCCUCCUGGACCAGGUGGCCGCUCUCCGCUGGAUCCAGGAGAACAUCGAGGCCUUCGGGGGAGAUCCAGGGCGCGUGACCAUCUUCGGCCUCUCCGGAGGGUCCUUCUGCGUCUCCAGCCACGUCUUGUCUCCGAUGUCCAAGGGCUUGUUCCAGGGCGCCAUCCUCCACAGCGGCAUCGCCCUCCUCCCGGGGGCCUUCCGUGCUGACCCUCGGCCGAGCGCAGAGAGGUUGGCCCGAGGCCUUGGCUGCACCACGUCCACUUCGGAGGCCAUGGUGGCCUGCCUCCGGGCAAAGAGCGCCGAGGAGCUGACGGCGGAGGAGGUUUUCUCUCUGCAAAUUGGGCCGGUUCUGGACGGAGAGUUCAUGCCGAAGCAUCCGGAAGAGAUCCUGUCGGGAAAGGAAUUCAACGCCGUGCCCCUUAUGGCUGGGGUCACCAACCACGAAAUGGGCUGGAAUGUGCGCGUGACAAUUCCUGAACUAAUGGACCUGGGGAGCCGGGAGAAGAUCCUCGCCGUCGCAGAAGCCUUCUUUCCUAAAUGGGGCAUCCCCCUCAGGGCUUUGCCGAUGCUCCUGGAGGCCUACCUUGGGGACACGGAUGACACGGAUGCGCUCCGGGACGGGUUCCUGGACCUGCUGGGAGACGGCUUCCUAGUGAUCCCCACCAUCAGGACCAUCAACUACCACAAAGAGUCGGGGGCCCCCGUCUACUUCUUUGAGUAUCAGCACCGGCCCAGUUUGUACCACGACACCAAACCCCCCUUUGUGAAGGCAGACCAUGGGGACGAGAUCAGCUUUGUCUUCGGGGGGCCGUUCCUCACGGGGGACAUCCGCCUGCGGGAUGAGGCCACUGCGGAGGAGGAGCAGCUCAGCCAGGCCCUGAUGCGCUCCUGGGCCAACUUCGCCCGUCGCGGGGACCCCAAUGGGGGCGGUCUGCCGGAGUGGCCCCCCUACAACGCAGCUGGCCAUUACCUGGUGCUGAACCUGACGCAGCAGGUGUCCCGGGGCCUGAAGGAGCCGCGCCUGGGGCUCUGGGCAGAAGCCCUUGGGGGGAAGGGGGCCCCGGAGGGCCACGCGGAACUGUGAGGAGGGGCCCCCCUCUGAAGAUGGACCGGCAGAGGCCCCCACAAUCCCACAAAGCCCUGGACUUCCUGCAGAACCCGCCUGGAUCUGGCGAGGAAUCAAUGCUGUUGUUGAAAUCCCAACUGAGGGGAAUCUCAGUGCUUACGUCCCUCCUCCUCCUCCUCCUCCUCCUCCUCCUUCUUCUCCUUCUUCUCCUUCUGAGACUUCACAUAAAUGCUUCUGUACCUUCCUCGUGAUCACGACCCAGAACACGCAGCAACUUUUUCACUUCCGCUCGACUGGAACCCAUUCCUCAGCCACCCAGAGGGGCCCCUUGACCCCUGACCCCUGACCCCGGGCCACAGGCUCCCUCCCAUUGCACUUCCCAGGGUCCCUGUGGCCCCUCCAGGGAAACAAAAUCAAUGAACAUGGGAUGAAAUUAAAGAAUAAGGAACAAAAACACUGGGAUCAAAAUAAGAAAACUAAAAAUUGCAAGGGAAAAAGAGGGCUUUGACAUCGCGCAACUUUGGAUCCGUAGAAGAUGUUUAAGAAAUAAAGAGGAAACCACG